GCACAUGCGGUUUUUUAUGCGAGAGAAGAAGAAGUCUGGGGGAUCUCCAGGAAACAUCUCUUGGAUUUCAGUAGGCCUUAUGAGGCUGAAAGAUGGUGUACUGAAGACUGUAAGAGGAACAGUACUUCCCCUUUUGAUGCGACCAGAGUCGGAUGCGGACGAAUUGCAGAGAGCUGCUGAGCAAAAAAUGAAGACCUUCGACAGAAAUUUACAUGGCGGUCCCUACGUACUGCUCUACCCUGACGGUACAAAGAUAACUACUAUACCAGGAACAGAAGUACCCUUCACUCUAAACGAGUACAAAGAAGUAGUGGGGAAGGCCUACCAACGUAUCACACUGUACAUUUGUACAGCUGAAGAUUUCUUUACAUCUUCUCAGGAAACCAGCUCUGAAUCCAACUCAUCGGAUUCAGAGGUGAUCAUCAUGAGUCCAACUUCUGCAGAAUUCAAUGCAGCUGAUACAUUAGUAUGGGAACCUGCAGAUGGAGAGUCAGGCACUGAUUCAGCAGCUCCGGUCUUAUUUUCUGACUCACAAGAGGGCCCAGGAACAUCAGGAGGUGUGCUGGAAACUGCGUGCUAUAGCAAAUAUACUCAGCUGUAUGCGCCCAUUGUAAUAGAGGAUAAGGAUGACUCAGACAGUGUUGAGUGCAGUCAUGACAUUCCAGAGGAUACAAAGGUGGACCAGCAAUCACUUUCUGAGAUAACUGCAAACCUGGCCCUAGAGAUUGACCAUCGAGCUGUCAGCAGAUUUAACAUCUGUCGCUCGAACAUCUGGGAUGGAGCAGUCAGAGGAUUCAAAAGGGCAACAUUCUCAGAAAAGAAAGACAUCCUGGUGAAAUUCUCUGACGAUGAAGGGAGGUUUGAGGAAGGUCUCGAUACAGGUGGCCCCAAGAGAGAAUUCCUCUCCCUUCUCAUGAAAGAGCUGAACAAACGGCCCAUAUUUGAUGGACCUGUGGAGAGCCGCUACCUGGUCUACAAUUCAACAGAUUCAGAAUUCACCCUCAGUGGAGAUCCUUCAGGACUUGAUGAUACGGAACAGUGCCAUGUUGCAGACUGCUGGGUGCUUCAGACAUGUCAGGUCAUGUGAAGAAAAAAAAAUGAUUGUAGAGGAUUACCUGAAGUGGUACAUAAUCCACAGGAACAACACUGCAAUCGAAAGAUUCAAGGCUGGACUUGAAAGUUUGCAGUUUCUGACAGCUCUGCAGCAGCAUCCGACGGUUCUGACCCCUGCUCUCUGUCAUGCCGAUAUGAAGCUGUCUGCUGCAGAGAUGGAAAAUCUGUUCCAGCCUGAAUUUAGUCAA